CCAGACUCUCUUUUUGAGUUGGAGCAGCUCAGAGAACUAUAUUUGAAAGGUUGUGAAUGCUUCAUGAAAUUAUCAUCAAAGAUUGGAAAUUGAAGAAACUUGAGAAGCUUGAUCUUGAUGGAACUCAAAUCAUACAUCUGCCAAAAGAGAUACAAAAGUUGAUCAAUCUCCAAAGCUUGUUCCUCUGUUUCUAUGAAUAUCGUGGCAAGAAAAGCAAGCAAUAUACAUGCUCAACAAUCAUUCCGUCCAAGGUAAUCUCAAAACUCAAGGGUUUAAAACCAUUUAAGUAUUGAUGUGAACCCUGACGAUGAGCGAUGGUACGAAAAUGUACAAGACAUUCUUCCAGAGAUAUUGGGACUAAAGCAUUUGUUGACCCUGAGAUUAUAUAUCCCACAUUUGGAACUUUUGAAGUUCGUGCCAGACCAUAUAUUUGAGGUUGAUUUUAGAUUUAUUGUUGGUAGGCACAUGCAAAGGAUCAUAUCAUGCACACCAUCCACGUGUGAAGCAAAAUUUAAGCGAAGUGGUUGUAGCUUGAAGUUUGUAAAUGGUGAUGAUACACCCAAUGGAAUUAAGAAGCUUGUUAGACACAGUAAGGCCUUAUUCCUGGAGCGACAUAAGACGAUCAGGAAUCUCUCUGAAUUUAAACUGAUGAAUUUAGAGCAGCUGCGUAUUUGUAUGUUGGCAGAAUGUAGAGAAAUGCAAACCAUUGUUGAUGGAAGACAAUCAGAUAGUGCUAAUGAUGUUUUCUCACAUUUGUUGUACUUAUAUAUAUCGCACAUGAAGAGUUUAAGAAGCAUAUGGGAAGGGCCAAUGCCACCUCACUGCUUUUUGGGUAUGCUGAAGUCUUUAGUACUGCAAAAUUGCCCCGAGUUAACAACUGUCUUUACCCUGGAUUUUUUAGGCAAUCUUUCACUAUUAAAGGAGCUGAUUGUUAAGGAUUGUUCUAAAGUAAAAACCUUGAUAAGUGACAGAUCAUUCAAACAUAAAGGAGAGAUUUUCCUCCCAAAAUUGAGAAAGAUAAUGCUUCUACAUCUUCCCGAGUUGAUCAACAUUUCCAAUGAAUGUCAAAUAGGUUCAAGCUUGAAAAGUAUAGCAAUUUAUAAUUGCCCGAAGCUCCAAAGCCUUUCUAAGAUGGAACUGUCAAGCCAAAAUCUAACGGUCAUUAUGGGAGAAACCAGAUGGUGGGAUGCAGUCCAAUGGAGCAAAGAAGAAUGGGGAACAGCCUGUCGGCCAUCUAUGUUUGAUUGCAUCUUUUCCUCAAUUGAUAAUCAUGUAGAAAUAAUGACUCAAUUUGGGAUAGAUGAAGAUGAUAUUGACGAUGAUCCAGCAGAUAUGACGCCAUUACAGACUCUAUUUGAUUACCCAAAGCAAAACACUGAAAGAAUCAGCAGAAUGAUCUUUUCAGCGUCAAAGAAAUAUCUAAAGGUGAAGAUACUUUAGACGACAGGUACAAGUGGAGGGAAUAUGGCCAGAAAACAGAGGACAGACUAAAUCCAAGGAGCUAUUUCAAAUGUGUUGAAGGAGGUUGCUUUGCUAAAAAGCGAGUGCAGAGAUCUGAAGAAGACCCACCAUUGUCGAAAUCACAUACAAGGGAUGUCACACUUGCACAGAGGCCUCCAGUGUAACAGAUUCAUCCAUGAAUAAUCAGGUUUACUUAACCACUCAAUGUGGGGUAGAUGAUGAUGAUAUUGACAAUGAUCUAGAAGGCAUUAGCAGUAGUAAGGAGAGGAAGGGCGUUAAACAAAGAAUUCGAUUCAGAACAAAGUCAGAGGUAGAAAUGUCGGACGAUGGGUACAGGUGGAGAAAGUAUGGCAAGAAGACCGUGAAGAACAGCCCCUACCCCAGGAACUACUACAAGUGUUCGGUGAAUGGAUGCCUAGUGAGAAAGAGAGUUGAGAGAGAUAGGGAUGAUUCAAGUUAUGUUAUAACAACCUAUGAAGGCAUCCACAACCACCCAAGUUAUUGUCACACGGGCACCCAGGCCUCCAGCGUAACGGAGUCCUCCAAGAACAAUUAGUUUGACUUGAUGACUCAAUUCGGAGUAGAUGAUGAUAUUGACGAUGAUCAAGCAGUGAAGACAGGAGAUGAGUCGUUACAGCCUUUAGGUGUGAGGACCUUGAAGGACCCAAAGCAAAAUGCCAACGGAGAGAAAAUGACUGUUUCAAUGAUAACAUUCUCACCUGGAAAUCAAAGAUUCCUCUGGCAGAUGUAAUAAAAUGGAGGAAAGAUGGCCAGAAAGAAAUUCUAUGAUCCAAUUAUCCAAGAAGCUAUUACAGAUGUACUCAUGGUACUCAUUUUGGUUGCCCUGCUAAAAAGCAAGUGCAAAGAAUGAUGAAGACCCUACAGAAGUCCCAGCCUCCAAUCCAACAGAUUAUACUCUCAGUUUUAGGGGCAGCACAGCGUCCAAUACAGAUCUUGAGUCAUUUUCUUCUAUGGACAAUUCUGCUUCAACCCCAUUUUAUGAAGAUUUUGUUGUUGAAGAACCAUAUGACUC